CGCAACAUUCCCUUUAUCCCGUCUAUCUUUUGUUGUUCGAUUUUUAUAAAUUUUUUCUUCUGAAUAUGUAAAAUAUAAAUGAUUCCGGAUUGAUUCACAGGUUCUGAUCAGGUUCGGAUCUUCCAAAGCUUCUUUGUUUUAUCUUCUUAAAUCUUUUCACGGUCUCUAUGGAAGCCCGCUAACGACAGCGAGCUAGGAGCUAACUUUAGCUUAGCAGCUAGCCGGAUAUUUUAGUGUUUUUGUUUUGAUUGAAGAACGAAGUUUAAAAAAAAAAAAAGAGCUUCAACUCUCUCACCGAAAUGACGUCUGCCUCUGCAAAGGUGGGGGAGAUUUUCUCAGCAGCAGGAGCCGCCUUCACCAAGUUAGGAGAGCUGACCAUGCAGCUGCACCCGGUGUCAGACUCCAGCCCUGCAGGGGCCAAAUGGACGGAGACGGAGAUCGAGAUGCUGCGUCUGGCGGUGCGUCGGUUCGGAGACGACCUCAACAACAUCAGCACUGUGAUCAAAGAGCGCACUGUCGCUCAGAUAAAGAGCACGGUGAAGAGGAAGCUGUACGAGGACAGCAGGGUCCCCAUUUCCUCUGAAGCCCCAAAGAAGACCGUGAAGAAAGCCGCCGCCGUCGCUGUGACGCCGGCCCCCGCCGCUCCCGCCAUGAUCGCCGUGCCCACCUCGCAGGUAGUCGUGGCGACCGGCAUGCAGAGCAGCCCCUCUCUGGCCCCGCCCAUCAAGAAACAGAAGACAGCAGACGUGACGCUCAGCGCCCUGAACGACUCGGACGUGAACAGCGACCUGGUGGACAUCGAAGGACUCGGCGACGGCUCCUCCACCAAAAAACUCAACUUUGACCAAGAGAGCCUAAACCUGGACUCCAGCCUCAUCAUGAACUCCAGCGACCUCCCGCUCCUGUCCCGCUGACCUCUGACCUCUCAGCCGACCCCCAGGACCACAGAAAACAUCCUGAACGUCUCAAACACAAACACUUUUCUUUUACAAAAGGCCUCUCCCUCUUGUCUCCUGAAGACACUCGAGUCUCUGCAUCACGUUUUUUAAACUGAAGUCGUAAAAACACAUUAAGCUGAAAAUGUUUCAAAGAUUCAGACAUUUAAAAAGUGACGAGAAAUAUUUUGGAGCCAUCAAAUUUAUUUACAUUUUCUUUCUUCUUUUUUUUUUUUUUAAGCCGGACGGUAAUUUGUUCUGACGGAUGAACUCCAGGUUUUGGUUUGUUGCUUUCUGUGUGGCAGGAUUACGUUUGUUCAGCAGUGACUUUUAGUUUCUGAAAAGUUUGAAAAAUCUGACAAAAACAAAAGGAAAAGAACCGUCCGUCUGUCAUCAUGAAGAAUAACUCGGAUCAGUGCUGAUGAUAAAGUGUGUGACCCUGCAGAGACAUGAUGGUGUCAGGGCAGGGAAGUUAGUUGAUACCUCGCUCGUGCCUUCAGGAUUUAUUUCAUCCUCCAACUGAUUGUUUAAUCCCUCAAUUGAGUAAUCGCGCAGCAUCUGAUUUCUUUUGCUGUUCUGAAGAUGUUUCCUGAAUCCUCAAAGACUCUUCGAGCCGUCUCCUGCCCGACAAAACAUUGUCAGUGCACUUCACAGAGAGAAAAUAACAAUAUAAAGUAUGAGUAAAAAACCGAAGCUAAAUAUUAACAUGUUAUUUUGUAUUAAAUAAGUAACGAACUACAAAGAAACAUCAACAUAACAGAACAGUUUUUUGGUUCAUGUUCAAGCAGGCAGCUCUGUCUGGCAGCCGUCUUUGUUUAUAUCAGGAGAAGGAAAGGGUUGAAAAUGAUUUUAUUAGGCAGGAAAUUUGAAACAUUUUUUCAUCCUGCUGGUUGGAGGAGUCUUUGAGGAUUCGGGAUGUUUCUUCAGAGCAGUAGGACGUGUUUUUACGUGUUUUAUUGACGUAUAUCCACGUAUCAGACUGCGUCUAACACAAGUUCAAACGAGGGAACAAAAUAAGUUUACUGAACUUGAGUUUAUCAAAAGGUUUCUCCCCUGAGCACGACCAGGACUUAACUCUGGUAGUGGUCUGUAUUUUUACCUCCCUUCGGUCCCAAUGGGAGACAUUUUUCAGAAAAAAUAUGAACAUAGUCAACGGCAAGAGACAACUGAUGUUUAGAUACCGUUUGAAUCGUUUUUGUUUGUCAGUUUAACGAUAUUUAAGUUGAGAAAGUCGCAUUAAAGUGACAUUUAGUUUUAUGUGAAACCGUUCAAUGAACUACCAUCCCUUUUCUCGCACAGUAUGAAUCACCAGCAUGUUAGCGCUGUAAUGCUAAGCUAACGUUCAUUGCUUGCUUGCUACUAGCUAGGUAGCUUAUCUAUGUUCCACGCACACAGAUGUAUCUCAUCUGAUGUGUUUAAUCCAACGACUCCUGGUCCUUUCACCACAUCAUCUACACAUGGAAACUCUUUGAUGUUCGCUUCAGCGACGUUAGCUUCAUUGAACUUAGCUUCAGUUGCAGUAGCUUCAGUCACGUUAGCUUCAGUAAUGGUAUCUUCAGUAACAUUAGCUUCAGUCACGUUAGCUUCAGUAACAUUAGCUGCAGUAACGUGAGCUGCAGUGAUGUUAGCUUCAUUGAACUUAGCUUCAGUUACAGUAGCUUCAGUCACGUUAGCUUUAGUAACAUUAGCUUCAGUGACGUUAGCUUCAGUCACUGAGAGAAAAUUUUGUAUUUGUGAUCUUUGUAAUUAUGUAUUUUCAGUCUUACACUUCAACAGUUUUACCACAAAUUGUGACUGUCUUGACUUAAAUUAUCUUUUAAACUUAUAAAAAGUGUGUGCGUCAUUGACUUCGGAACAUUUUUUCUGAAAAAAGAUCCCAUGCUGGUCCACAGGAAGCCCGGGCGCUGUAGUUUCUGUCAGACUAGCAGGAGGAAAAAGUGCAUCUGUUUGGGACUAUUUUCAGUGGCGGAUGAGUCCACAUGUUGGACCGAGUCAGAAUAAACUAUAGUGUGUGUUUAUGGUGACGAAGGAACACGUUGAGCAUGACAAGAAAAAAUAUUGAAACUCUUCCUUUAAACUGUCAGUGUUUCUGACGGUUGGCGAUGGAUCAUGUUAAAAACAAAAUCAGCUUUUUGACGUGAACAUUUUAUCAAUCAGUGGCUGUAAGUGAUGUAAAAACAUGUUAAAUAAAAAAACAAAGUAAACCGUCA